UCGCUGCCUGUGGAUACCUCUCUCCUCUCACAUUCAGUCGCUUCACGAUCUUCAAACGAAAUGGAUAACCCUGUCUUGACAUGUUACAUUUUCUACAGCACGCUGCUUGUCCUCAAGCUCUAUACUCUGGCCAUCAUCACGGGACAACUCCGGCUGCAUAAAAAGGCGUUUAUCAACCCAGAGGAUGCAUUGAGACAUGGUGGGCUAGAGUAUCAUCGAACGGAUCCUGAUGUGGAGCGAUCUCGGAGAGCCCAUCACAAUGCCAUGGACAACAUCUUUCCUUUCCUGUUCCUCGGUGCUAUCUACUCGUUGAUGGAACCCAACCUCUUGAUUGCCCACAUCCAUUUCCUGGUCUUCUUUGUGGCACGUGUGGUCCAUAGUGUGGCUUAUCUCUUUGCUCUUAAAGCACCGACACGCUCACUGGCGUACAUCAUUGCACAGAUUCCCUGUGUGUCCAUCGCCAUACAGAUCCUUUCUCACAUCGUAAUCGGUUGGUAAGGACAAUUUAUACCACAAACCCAGUCAGAGACGCAAUGGAAAUAUUGACUGCUGGGAUCGGUUGAUUCCAGACGUGAACAGUCUACUGUCAGGAUUGAACUGUUAUUGCAUUGAGUUGAAAUCCAUCAGAAGUUGCCAGCAUCGUAUCUGCUGUACUGAUUGACUCUUCCGGGAUCAAAGUUCUGCUCCUGUGAUAUCAAUUCAUGCAAACAAACAUGCAAACACUUCAAUUUCAGCUCAUCAUUUUUAAAGAAAUUGCUGAAAAUGGUGACUGAGAGCCAGAUUUAUAAUUCUCUCCAAAACCAUCCCCCUCCAAAACAACGAAACCAUUUAAAGUUUUGUUUUGAUCUAAGCCUAAAGAUGGAGACCUGAUUUCCAAAAUGGCUGCCCCACAAAGCAUGUUAAAUAAAAGGGUAUUGUUAAUACAAUGCAGAUUGUCCAGACAAAGUUUAAAACAUCCAAUAGCUGAAGUUUUUGUGAUUCGUCAAUGUAGCACAUAACCAUAGAGUCAGAGUCCCACAGCAUGGAGACAGACCCUUCAGCUCAAACUGGUCCAUGCCGACCAAAAGGUCCAUCUAUACUAACCCCAUUAGCUUGCACUUGGCCAAUAUCCUUCCAAACCUUUCCUAUUCAUGUACUUGUCCAAAUAACCCCUUUGAAAAAUAUUUAAAAAGGGGUUUUCAAAGCCUAUUCCGUUAUAAAUUUAUAUGGUCACAGACUAUGCAUUCAAGAGUAAUUCCUCCUAGUGGUAACACCUUUGGGUGAUAAUUUCCCUUUCACCCAAUGCCCCCAACAUCCCUCACACCAGCCUACACCUGGCAAGGAGUCGUCUGCCCAAUUUUCAAUCAGUUGAACUUGGUGGAAUGAACUCUGGACUGAAUUUGGUAUCGGGCCAUCCCUCCUAUGAGAGGACAUGGUGUCAGGUAGUGAGCUGAACUAGUGCCCUUGGCGGAGGUGGGUAAAUCAGGACAUAGCGAUUGAGGCCCAGGGUUUUAGGAGCCCGAGGUGAAUUAUGAGCUGUACCUUUUACCACCUCUGCUUCACACACACAUACACAUGUGCGCAUGCACACGUUUAAGAUAGAGAAAAGUUUUAAGUACAGAAUAAACUUUUAUUUAAAAUGCCAAAUUUGUUCAUUUAAAAUGCCAAAUAAAUAAUGUACAGCCUUGUGCCACAGGUAAUACCUAGUUCACCCUUUAUGUUUGGAGAGGCCCUACAUCAGGUAGGGAAUCUAAUAUCAACCAUUUCAAAUAAUUCACUGUAUAAAAAUGCUCCAAACCACAUUCCCAACUCCAUCUCCUCCCCUCAUCCACACACAAACACUUAGUGCGCUAUAUCAUCAUAAUAGCUGACAUCAUCCAUGCUUUGCACAGACUCAUGCUUCUCAGCUCAUUUGGACCCUUAAUUGCCCAUAUAUAGUAUUGUUUUAAUAAAGAGUUCUUCCAUUGAACUUAGAUUAGAUUCUGUACAGUGUGGAAACAGGCUCAUCAGCUCAACAAGUCCACACCGACCGUCCGAAGAGUAACUCACCCAGACUUGUUUCCUGACAUUUAAUCCUGACUAAUGCACAUCACACUUAGCAAGGCCAAUUUGCCUGACCUGCAUAUCCUUGGAUUGUGGGAGGAAACCGGAGCACCCAGAGGAAACCCACGCAGACACGGGGAGAAUGUGCAAAUUCCACACAGAUAAUCGCCCGAAGCAGGAAUCAAACCCAGGUCCUUAGCGCUGUGAGGAAGCAGUGCCAACCACGGAGCCACCGUGCCACCCUUAUUGCAGAUCAACUUAUUGAUCUAACAUGAGCAUAAAUUUUGCUAUCAAUUAGAAGCUGCACGUUAAAACUCAAUGUCGUGACAACUUUAGAAAUUGUGCUAAAGGCCAAAUCAUAUCAAUACAUGAACAAAGAAUUAAUGCAGGCCACUCAGCCCUUUAGGCUUGCUCCCCCAUUCAAUAAGAUCAUGGAUGAUCUGGUCUUAACCUCAACUCCAUGUUCCUGCCUAUCUCUGAUAAUAUUUCAUCCCUUUGAUAAUCAAUAAUCCAUCAAGCUAUGCUUUAAAAAUAUUGAACACUGCUUUUUGAGGAAGUGAAUUCCAAAGACUCUCAACCCUCUGAGAGAAAACAUCUUCUUCUAAUUACUAUCACCGGCAUCAUGACCUGACCCAACGCUCUGUCUAACAGAAGUACUUUGUUGAUUUGAUCUGGUGGUUUUAUGUACAUCUUUUGCAAGUAUCAACUUCCCUGUGCCUUUUUACCGUUAUAGUAUUAUUCGUUAGUAUUUAGAUGUUUGAGUAUUGUUGAUGUAUUUUGUUGAAACUUUUCACCUGCAUUCAUCAAGCCAACAUUUACCAAUGUAAAGGGGAACAAUAUUUUAACAGUAAGACAAGAGGACAUUGUUUGUUUGGUAAGUUGAGAAUAUAUAGUGCAAUCUCCAAGACAAUGCCUGUAACAAUCAGAAGUCCAGCCCACACUCCCCAGAAUAAAUUUUUAAAAGCUAAACGAAGGAACAUCCACAUUGAUGGUCUAGUGUGGUCUUAACACAAACCCAAAUAAUGUUUGGGAGGCCCAGAUUCAAAUGCUGGAACAGCAGAUGGUGGAUUUUGAAUUCGAUAGCAAAUCCAGAAUUAAGAAAAUAUUGACAACCGUGGAAGUGUUGUCAAAUGUCAGGACAAACCUGACGAUUGGUUCUAGUUCGUUAAUGUCCUUUAGGGAAGGAAACCGCCAUCCUUACCUGAUCUGGCCUACAUGUGACUCCAGACCCAUGGCAAUGCUGCUGACUCUUAACUGCCCUCUGGGCAAUGAGGGAUGGGCUAUCAGUGUUGGUCUAGUCAGCGGUGCCCACAUCCCAUGAAGGAAUUUUUAAAAAUGAAGAAAUCUUUUCUCAUCUCAGCCUUAAAUUGCCAACCUCUUAUUCUGAGAUUUGGUGACCCCAUGAUCUACAUCUCCCAGUUGAGAGGUUUUCUCAGUAUUCAGCCCUUUGAGAACCUUGUGUUUCCAGGUGAUCACACUUCAUCCUGCUAAACUGUGGGAAAAUAUAGACUCUGUCUACUCAAUCUUUACUCAAGUCCAGUUUUUGGUUUUUCAAAAUGUCAUUGCCUACCCGAAAGUCCUCAGUUCAAAUCCUUCCCAUGUUUGUAGCACCUGUUGCGAUAGACAUGUAUUGCACACCUGACUACACACACAUCCACGUAUACUCAUGGGCCCACACUCCUAUUAUAUAGAACCCAUCAGUCCAGCUGCUGUUGAGUGACUGUCAGAAAGGAGAAGGAGCCAGUUUGGAAAAAGGACAAUGCAAUGUCAUAAGGUGGGGAGUACAAACAGAUAAAACUUCAGCCAAAAUGUAUUGGUGUAGCAAUGCUCUACUAUUGAAUGCUUAAGGUGAGAGAAAGUUACAGCUUUAUAUUACACAUUGCAAUGAAACGUGAAUAGACAUUUUUCUUAAAUAUAUAUUGAUACAGUUUGGUGGAUACAAAACUUCUUAUAAAUUGUCAUUAUCAAUAUGUUCUUAUUAAAGCCAUAUUUAAAGACACAGAUAUUGCAUAAUUAA